UAGAGCUGCUCCCUGCUGUCCUUCUGAGUUCUCUCUAACCAGCUUUCUUACUGAUUUUUUAAAAGGUUUUAUUCCUCUGAAUAAUAAUAUUCCUCCGAGUUGUCCUGUGAUUGUCACCCAUCCCUCAAUGGGUUCACUAGUUGCCAAGCUUCUCCUCCCAACUAUCAGCAGCCUGGUCUUCCUCCCGACCAUCAGUAUUGCAGCCAAGCGAAGAUUCCACAUGGAAGCCAUGGUUUAUUUCUUCACUAUGUUCUUUGUUGCGAUUUACCAUGCAUGUGAUGGACCUGGUUUGUCAGUGCUAUGUUUCAUGCGGUAUGAUAUCCUGGAGUAUUUCAGCGUCUAUGGGACGGCUUUGUCCAUUUGGGUGUCACUGAUGGCUCUGGCAGAGUUUGAUGAGCCUAAAAGGUCGACCUUUGUGAUGUUCGGCGUGCUCACUAUAGCAGUGAGGAUUUACCAUGACCGAUGGGGAUAUGGCGUCUAUUCAGGACCAAUCGGGACGGCCGUCCUUGUGAUAACCGUGAAAUGGCUGCAGAAGAUGAAAGAAAAGAGAGGCCUGUACCCCGACAAGAGCGUCUACACACAACAGAUAGGCCCAGGCUUCUGCUUUGGGGCGUUAGCACUCAUGCUGAGAUUCUUCUUUGAGGAGUGGGAUUACACCUACGUGCAUAGCUUCUACCAUUGUGCUUUGGCCAUGUCCUUUGUCCUGUUGCUGCCCAAGGUGAACAAGAAGGCAGGAAAUGGGGGAAACCCAGCCAAACUGGACUGCUCCACUCUCUGCUGCUGUGUGUGAUAAGAGUCUCCCCCUGCCUGGAGGCUGGGGCGCCUGUAUCCCAACACGCACCUUUUCGCCACCUGGAAGGACCCUACGAAAGUUAUGCAGCCCUCGCUCGUUAGUCCAGUGGGGAUUGUGACCAGAAACAAGCUGCCAGCUCUGAAGCUUUUUUCCCUGCGGUGGAAAAGAAUUCCACUGCCACCCCCCACACCAAAAUGCAGGUUGUUACAAAUUUUUAAUUUGCUGAUGAACAAAACUGGUCCUAUUCAACCUGAAAGGCCUUGUCCCUUGGCCAUCAUUCAUACCAGAGGCUUCCAUGUGUCCAUGUAGCCAGCUGAUAACUUUCUCAGUAACUGUGUGUAUAUUCCCCAAAGAGAAACUUUUCUCCACCUUAGAGAAGUCCUGGCUGGCAAGUGAUCCUGUCCAUUGGCUACUGAGUAAAUCCAGCAGGUCUUUGCAUCCCCUAGAGAGUUUGGUGGGUCACAUAUACCCAUGGGGCAUCACAUUUCGUUUGCCUUUGGAAAUGAGCGUUAAUGUUGCACUUUGCACACUUGCAAGUGUGAGUUUGCUAAACCUGAGUGAGUGGGGUUUUGCUUUUUGUAACACUGAAAUAACAGAGCCUGUAUUUUUGCUAGAAAUUUACUAUUUUAUUUACACCUUCUCUUAACAUUAUAUGUUUAACAUGUUGAUUUUGUAAGUAUGGCCCAACCGAACCUUUAACACUGUGAUUUGGGUACAGAGCAGAUACCAGUGUUGUGGGUCACACAACUAUCCUAGCCUUAAUGUCAUUAUUAGAUGUUUAGAGAGAGCCACGGAUGUACAGGGCACCUUACAGACAGAGAGGAGACAGAAUCUCUGCCCUUGAGAGCUUACAGCCUAAAUAAGGCCAGACAAACACAAGAGAAGACAACUGUGCAGAAGAGGGAGAGGGGAAGAUUUGUGAGGAAUUGCCUGAAGAGGAAUGUGAAGAAGGAGAGAGGACCAAGAGAGACUGUCCCAGGCAUAAAGAGCAACAUGACGAUUGGCUCAGAGGCCAUGGCCCUGAAUGACCGAGGAGGCCAGCUGAAUCUGAGGUUAUAGACACCCUAGAUGGGAGAGGAUCUGAAUCCAGCCUACUGCUCUGAAGGUCCUGCGGGGGCACUGGCAGGGUCCCGGGGGGACACAGGUAGCCUAGCUUGGAACUCUGGUGCACAGAGCCUCCAGGUCUUUGUUCUCCCCUCCUAUUCUCUCCGCUUGUCAUUGGAGCUCUUGCAAAUACUGAGCAAACCCCCGAAGCUCUGGCUUCGCUCAGACUCGCUCCUCACUCAGCCAAACUGCUCGGCAAAGUCAAUGGCAGUUUUGCCCGAGCGAAUAAGAAGCUGAAGGAUUUGGCCCCCGGCUACCUCCUCUCCUCUGCCAAAUCCACUCCGCCUCAGAGUGAGCUGCAACACUGGGCACUUUGUGCUUGCGAACCUGUUUGGCUCACACAGCCACCAGGUGUGCUUGCACAGAAGCUCAUUAGUAUGUAAACUACAUGGAAAAUUAGAGGCACAGAAAGAAGCUCCUGGAAGGGCGGGGAAGAGCUGUAACCCUAUAAUAUCCCAUCAAACAGACUAUUUACUCUAGCAGAAGUGUAUGAUUAGUUUAGACUGUCUGGGAGAAAAGCCAAGACCAUAUGUCAUGGACAAUUAGAACAGUAUUGAUAUACAGUGAUCUCCAUUGAAGGCCUGCCUUAAGCCUGGGCGCCUUGGGAACAGAGCUCCAUGGGGGUCAUUCAUCAGAGCAGCCUCCUGCUUGCAGGGCGACAACCAAAAAUGAAUGCGCUUCCAAUAAAAACACAAAUAAAUGAAAAGGCACAAUGGGCCCAGCCACCACUGAGAGGCUGGUGCUGCCAGGAUACCACCAAUGCUGCUGUAGCCUCCAGGUACACACAGACAUCCCAUAGUCUUGUGCCUACAGCAAGGGUCACAUACAGGGCUAGACUGUCCAGUUUAUCACUCAGUCAGACACCUAUACAAGUGGUUUUCCAAAGAGAUGAGCAUGGUGGGUUCCCUUGUUGCCCCAUGCUGUAUAGCCUCUGGGUAGCAGACAUGCCCACCAGGCAUUCACAUUUUGUCCCUUGCAUGCAUGGUUUUUGAAGUGAUCCUUCCCCAUCUAGAGGUUGCUCGGAGUGCCCAUUAGAUGGCUCAGAUGUCUUUGUUAGAGCACAUGGAGGUCUCAGAUUAUUUGGGGGAGAGGAGGGCUCUUACCCGCAGCACGCUGUAAGCAUCCCCGCCUAGCGUCCGAAGGAGCAUUCUGCAAAGGAUCACUGCCCACCUCUUAGGAAUUUGUCUCAAAUGCUAAUUUCAAUAGCCAAUGAACAAACAGAAGACCGCACCCAAACAGAAUAUAUUUCCCAUGCAUGAGGGACCACAGUCUCCUGCUCAGGAAAUGGACGAUCUUGUGGCUACGCUGCUGGCUUGGAAAGCAGGUGCUCUGCAAUCUGCCACAGGCAAGUUACUCGGUCUCUCUCUGGCUCAGCUCCUCAUCUGUAGAAGUGGGACGAUAAGACUUCCCAACCCCCCUUGGGACGGUGCAAGCCAUUCAGAUACUAAAGUUAUUGGGGUCUAUACAAGUAGCUGCAUCAAUCAUCUAAUCUUAAUUCUAGGUUUUAAAAGAGCACACAUUUUUAAAAGACACCCAACAGCCAAACGUACCGUACAAUCCAAUACCAACUCAAAGCUACCUGGACAACUGGCCUUCAGCUUGCGUCGCUCCACCCAACCCCCAGCUAUCUCUUUACUCACCUUCUGCACCUGGUCCUAACCGUAGACUGUGAGCUCUCUGAAGGCACAGAUUGCCAUUGUUUUCGCUUUUUGUACUGCAGCUAGUACAAAGAGGCCCUGAACCCUGACUGGGGACUCUAGAUGCUUCUGCAAUAAGAACAAUCAGGGUCAUCAAGCAUGAGCUCUGGGCAGAGCAUCAGCUGUAGUGUAAUUUGCUGGAUUUAUGAGCAUGCUGCAGAAAAAUAAUUUCAAAGUAAUCAUUUGCAUGUAUUUAACUUGCCCAUUCUGCAAUUGUUAUUUUUAAAGGGGCGGGGGGGGAAGGAGGAAAAUCCUUUAUGGAAGGCUUUAAAAAAAAUGUAUUUGUAG